UACCCCAUCUCCCACUGUCUGGCUCAUACUUCUUGGUACUGCCAACAGGAGUCAUCAUGCCUCACUCUCCAAAGCGUCUACGCCUUGCAUUUGAGCCAGACUUUCAAACCCAAAUUGAGAUACAAGGUCUAAAAGUGGCAGAUGUUCUCAUAGCUGAGGACAAGGAGGAGACUUCCUCUGUUUCCUCUUGCUCUUUCAACUUCUCCUACCCCUCCACUUCCUCCUCCCCGCCUUCCUCUCCUGUGAUUCCACUCUCCCCAGAGAAGGAGGAGGAAGAGGAGCCUGCUGCAACACUGAGUCCUCCCCAGAGUCCUCAGAGCUCCUUCUGCUCCUUCUCUGCAUCAUGGAACACAUCAGAGGAAGUCUCCAAUAGCCAAGAAGUAGAGGAUACAGGUUCUCUGGAGACCUCAACAGACAAUGAAUCUUUGCCCAGAGACCCACUAGAUAAGGGGGUGGCUGAUUUGGUGCAUUUCAUGAUCCUCAAGUAUCGAUUGAAGGAGCCCAUCACAAAGGCAGAAAUGCUGAAGGUUGUUGUCGAAAAAUAUAAGGAAAAAUUCCCUGUGAUCUUCAAGAAAGCUUCUAAGUGUUUGGAGGUGAUCUCUGGCAUUGAUGUAAAGGAAGUGGACCCCACCACCCACUCCUAUGUCCUUGUCAACUCACUGGACCUCACCCAUGAUGAGAUGCUUAGUGACAACCAGAGCAUGCCUAAAAAUGGUCUCCUGAUAAUCAUCCUGGGUGUGAUCUUCAUAGAGGGCAAUUGUGCCCCUGAGGAAGACAUCUGGGAUUUCCUGAAUAUGAUAGGAAUAUAUGCUGGGAGGGAGCAUUUCAUUUAUGGGGAACCCAGGAAGCUCAUCACCACAGAUUGGGUGCAGGAGAAUUACCUGGAGUAUCGGCAGGUGCUUAACAGCCAUCCUCCACGCUAUGAAUUCCUGUGGGGUCCCAGGGCUCAUGCUGAAACCAGUAAGAUGAAAGUUCUGGAGUUUUUGGCUAAGAUCAAAGGGACCGACCCCAUUUCUUUCUCAUGCUGGUAUGAGGAGGCUUUAAGAGAUGAGGAAGGGAGGGCCCAGGCCAGAACUGAGUCUGUAGAUAAUACUGCUACCACGUUCAUUGCACAGCAUUGGUCAGCAGCUUCUUCUGCCCCAACUGAAGAGUGAGCCCAAAUAUUCACUCUGUAUUUGAAGAGGGAAGUCUUGGCUCUGAAUGGAGGAGGGUUAGGGUCAAGCUAGGGAGAACACAGUAUAGAACUUUGUGUUCCUGUUCUAUAUGGAUGAUUUGGAGGUUUAUUUUUUUCCCCCUCUUGAUAUUCUUCAAAUGCUGUUUUUUAAAUAUAUAGGGUGUAUUAGUUUUAGAAUUGAAGUAUAUAAAUGAAUUUGUCACACAUCUAUUGUUUAUCAGAUUUAAGAAUAUGAAUUUUGAUAUUUUAUAAAACAAACUGGGGGACCUUCCCUCUUAUUUUAUGAUCUGGAACAAGAUAACAUGAUACUGGAAUAGGAAUUUCCUUUGAAAUAUGAAAAAAAUGUAAAGGUGGUUAAUUUUUGCAUUCCCUUAACCACUUCAAUUUAUUGUUCUGUAAAAUUAAAAGAAA